AUGCGGUGUUUCAUCACUUGCGACCCCUCCAAUGUGCGCCACAUCUUCAUGUCCAACUUCGCUAACUACCCAAAAGGUGAUACGUUCACCGCGAUCUUUGACAUUCUUGGCGAUGGCAUCUUCAACGGCGAUGGGGAGUCGUGGCGGCGGUAGCGGGUGACUUCCCAGAUGCCCUUGAAUGGUCCCCAAUUUCGCUCCUUCGCUGCACGGUGCAGCCGCGGCAAGGUGGAGAACAGCCUCCUGCCUUUCCUCGCCCACACUGCUAAUGAAGGAUGGUCGUGUGAUCUGAACAACGUGUUCCUGAGGCUAACGUUGGACCUGAACUGCACCCUCGUCUCUGGUGUCAAUCCUGGGUGUCUGGCGAUCGGCUCACCGGUGGUUCCCUCCUUUGCGCGUGCGAUGGACGAUGCGUUGGAGACUCUUUUCCUCCGGCACAUCACCCCGGCGACCUGCUGGAAGCUCAUGAAGAGGCUGGAAGUAGGGCAGGAGAAGAAGAUGGCCGUUUCUCAAAGGACGAUCGACAGUUUCGUCACCGCCACCAUCGAAAAAUGCAGGGCCCACAAGCUCAAGGAAUGCAUCAGUAACUUGGCCGACUUGUUGCCCUCGUUCAUCUGUAGCGAAGACACCAGUCACAACGAUGACGUAUGCUUGCGGGACACGAUGGUGAACCUCUUGGUCGUCGGUCGCGACGGGACGGGCGUGGCACUAUCGUGGUUCUUCUACCUCAUCUCCAAGAACCCACACGUCAAGCAGAAACUACUGGACGAGCUUGCGCCAAUCGCUUCAAAGAAGGUCGCCGCUAGACCCAACAGCGGCAUGGUGACCUUCGAUGCGAGCGAGCUCAACAGCCUGGUGUACAUGCAUGCAGCAUUGUGCGAGUGCUUGAGGCCUUGA